AUGGACCACGGCAGACGAAAUGCACUUAUCAGCAUGCAAGUAAGGCCAAAGUGGCUAGGUAGGAGAGAAGUGGCACAACAAAAUAAUCGAUUGAUUGCAAGUCCUCGUUAA